AUGGAGAUCCGUGUUGUAGAGUGGUUGCCGGGCUGCAGGAACAUGAUGCACGUCACGCCUGAUUGCAUCAGCAUAUACAUGUGUGGUAUCUUUGCCGAUAGCAUGUCAGAUCAAAAGUGGCAUCGAUAUCCCCGAGCUCGGGUCAGGCCCGACGGCACUAGGAGGCGCACCCGCAAUGAACUGGCUGCCCGCAGUGCUCGCCGCAAUGCCCCUGGCAAUCAAAGGGAAAGAGCCGACACUGCGGCCCCCCGUGCUCAGGAGAUGAAUCAGCAGCCCUGGCGACAAGCGGCCGAUCGCGAGAGCCGACAGCCACACUGGCAGAAUGCGCGGGGAGCCGACGCUCGGCCCCGGGAUCAACAUCAGGACUGGUACUACGACGAGGAGGACGAAGAUGAUGAGGACUACCAGUUUGACACCAGUGACCGGCACGAAGUGCAUGCGACGGAAGACGAAGAGGGCUACCUCAAGAUCUGGUGGCAGGGAGAAUGGUGGUUCCGGCAGAAACCGCCAGACCCACCGGCAUCGCCAAAGAAGAGACAGCAGGCUAGCAGCUCGAGCGAGCAAAGGAGGCCUACCACUGAGGGAGCCGUUCCCCCGGCCCCUGCCCAGCAUGUCUCCGAGGGCCUCAAGCAAUUCGUCCCCCCUGCCCGAGACAGUGUGCCUCCACAAUCCUUGAGAGCCGUGCGUGAGAAGUGGAACCUGCUGGCCAUCAUCGAAGAUGACAUCAAUGUCCUGCGCAAAAAGAAGGUCGCCCUCAUGUUCAAAACUUUCUUCGAAAUGGGGCACUUCGUCAAGCAUCAUGACGACUUCCACCACUCGGAGUCCCUGAAGAUCAUCCCGGCCGCAGGCAACUGGAACCUUGCGUUUGCCAUGUGCCUGAUUUCCAGAGACAAGCUCCACUACGCGAACCACUCCACCUUCGGCACAGCUGUGGAAUGCUGGUUAUGGAGCCUGUCCAAAGAUGCGGACUUCGAGCCCAUCCUCACCCAGUUCGCCGGCAUGCUGCACAGCGUCAUCGCACUGUUUGAGGGAGUCCCCAUGUCGCUGCAUGAACAAAUCCAUUGGUUCGAUAGUCAUCAAGACCUGGCAAUCAAAUUCGACUACUACUUCCCCACCGAGCAGCUGAAGGAUGAUGAGCAAAUUGUCCGUGUGGCAAUUCAGGACCAAACCAGCCAGGACAGCAGAGAUGAUGACAUGCCGGACAGGACCUCCAAGCACAGGGGAAACACGGCUCCUGCAACCAGGACUGCCGAGCUGGCUUCGUCUGAUGCCUAUGUGGAGAUGGAGGUUGACUACCCAACGGGGCAAACGCCACCAAAUCAAUCUGGCAGCAUCCCCCACUCCCCGCGCAGGGUCGAGAGAUAUAACAUCUACACGGAGACGACCUACGCCAGUAGUGAUGGCACCUCUCUGCCCAUGCCAGCACGCGAUUCGGCCCCCCUUGGGGAGCCGACGAAGCUCUACUGGAAACUGGAUCAGUCUCUCUCCAAAAGACUGUCAGUUGUUCUGAGGCACGACUCUGAAGACUUCGGCUUGACGUUCGACGAGGCAGGGUGGACCAAGGUGUCAGACCUUUUACGUACCUCCAUCAUGAAGGAGAAGGGGGCAACCCUCAACUACAUCCGCUCGGUGGUCUACUGGAACGACAAGCAACGCUUCGCGCUCGAAUGGCGAGGUGCCGAUCUCUACAUCAGGGCGGUUCAAGGUCACUCCAAGAAAGGAAUACGUGAUGAAGCGGUCAUGCGGCCCCUUGGGGAUGCCGAGUUGCCGGAGCACGUCCUCCAUGCAACCAACUGGGACUUCUACGGCUCGAUCUUGGCGAAGGGCAUCAUCACGGGAGGCCUCUCCCAGUCCCGGACACACAUUCAUUGCGUGUCAGUAGACAAAAGUGAAUAUCGGAAUUACCCCGCGCAUUGUGACAUCGCAAUCAUAAUCUCCCCGAAAGAAUCGGGGGCCGUCUGGUUCCGUUCAAUGAACGGCUACUAUUUAACCCGGGGUGCCGAUGGCAAGCUGGCCCCGCAUUGUAUAAAGGCCGUCAGGAUCCUGGCAUCGGGAGAAGAAGUUUUUGGCUCAGAGGGGCCACCGGCUGCUGACCUCGUCAUGCAAGCCAUCGUUCGGACUAUGAUCGACGAGAUGUCCCAGACGCACAUCACCGAGCCGCGCUGGUCCCAAGUCCAGCGGCUGGGCCCCAAGCUUUCGAAGUCUCUUCUGGAUGUGGAUCCUUAUCCUUUGUGGCAAUACGUAAUCACCACAACAGCAUCGGGUGGAUCGCCAAGAGAUCGCUGCGACGAGCUCGCGCACGAGCCUAUGCCACAGGCGGCCUGGCAAGAACUCAUGUCAUGGUUAAGUGAGAAACCAGAUGACUUUGACAUUGUGUUCGUGCAGGAAACACACUGGAAACAGGAGGGGUGCCGCACCUUCUCGUCCGGCCCCUGGUUCGUCGUCUCCUCAGGGGCUACAGGCAAAGACAAAUGCUCAGGAGUUGCCACUCUGAUCCAUCAGAAUAUCUGCAAGCAAGAUAAUGUUAGCUACAGGGUUAUUAGGCAAGGCAGAGUACUCUCGGUUCGACUACAUCACCAACAGAACGGCUCCGAUCUUCUGAAUGUCUACCAGCAUGUGUGGAGGACAAACAUUGACAAAGCCGAGAACCUGAAAGCUCGGGCCUCAAUCUGGGAUGCGAUACGGUCUAGCAUCAUGAAGAGUCCACAAAGGAACGACUUGAUUAUUGCGGGAGACUUCAACUGCUCCAUCAAAACCUCGAGGGGAUUGAUAGGUAGUGCCGUGGUUGCCAAAGUAGAGGGAUCGCCUGACGAAGAUGACUUUCUCGGAAUACUCCAGGACUUCGGCCUCACUCUCCUCAAUACGUGGAACUGCACUCCGGCACAUACGCAAUGCAUCCAAGACUCCAUUGCACAAGCAGAUGACCGGGCUAAGAAGUUAAAGCACCUCAUCGACGCGGAUAUUCAGAAGCUGGACCCUGACUUGCAUCUUCACAGCUUCACGCGGCAGGUGGAUGAGAUCAUGAAAGAACACAUGCAAACCGUCUACCCUCCAGAACCUGCAGUUGACAACCGCGUUUCGCAAAAUCCGCAGUUUAAGCACACCGCGAAAGAGAUGUGGGCUAAGUACAGGGAAUGGAAAUCCACCAAAGCGAACAGCUUAAUCGAAACUCUCCGGAAAUGGAAAAAGUACACUGAGUUUCGCGUGGCCUCUAAAGCGAUGAAACAAACUGCCAAGAAAAUUAAACGUGAAAAGCUGCAGGCUGUCGCCGAGGACCUACAAGCAGCUGCCGCUAAGGGCGAUCAAAGGAAAGUGUGGAUGAGCGCUAGAAAAUUAGCCAAGGACCUCGUUUGGGCCCUAGGAAAACUACCUUUUCGCAAAGGGGUGCCGAAGCUGUCGGCCCCGGCAGCAGUUUGGAGAUUGUGCCGUGACCAGGUUAAAUGCGCAGGAGGCAUAUGCUUCUCCCUUGACCUUGAGGGGGCGUUCGACAAUGUACCUCGCACUGCCCUUGCCACUAGCCUGAGACGACUAGGGGUCUCCGAAACGCUGGUGCAACUACUUAUGCAGUUCCAUUUUGAGGCAAGGUAUCACUGCUCAGUUGGCGUUCAUGAGGACCACGUCACGACCACACGGGGCAUCAAACAAGGCUGUACGGUCGCGCCGUAUUUGUUUGUGGCACACACAAUUGCUAUCAUUGACACACUAGCGGAGCGCCUAGGCUGGGACUGGGUAACGCAGCUGUUCACUUUUUACGCCGACGACGCCUUAGCCGCAUGGACGUUAAAAAGCGCUGAAGACCUUCAGGGUGCCAUUUGCGGCAUCCAAAAAGUCGUGCAAACCUUUAACGACCACGGUAUGACUCUCAGCGCAACCAAAUCGGUCGUGCUGUGUCACGCCAAGGGAGCAGAUGCCAUUAGGAUUUUGCAGAAACUUAAAGUCUUCAAGGACAAACUCCCACACCUUGCCUUCAUGCAACACGGCGAGCAGAUUCUGAUCCCUCUCAGGAAAACACAUCAGUACCUAGGUACCAAAUCUGGAGAGCCGGGGUGUGGAGCUCAGCAGCGCACGGGCUACUGGCGGUGGGCGUUAGACCCACAGGUCCGGGCGCAGCUCGCGCUGGCUAUCAACUCACUCCAUUCGAUGAAUACAGGUGAGCAGCUUCCUGAAGAUAAGGACGUGUGGGCAGUCACCGCCAACGGCAAACUUGAGGACUACACUGUGAACAUGACGACGGAAGUGGUGAGCGUCUUCGGCAACCUACUACCAGGGCUAGCGACGAACAUGAGAGAGACCUCGAAGCAGCCGAGGGAAAUGGACCGGGAGACCGAGAACGCACCGAACAAGCGACCCAAAGCGGCCCGGCGAGGACAGCGGGGAGGCCGGCGACAAAUUGCAGACGAGAACCUGAACUCGGUGGUGACGCUCCUGGCAAAUCUGUCGCUGCAGCAGGAGGACGCCCUGAACCGUCUACGCCUGGACACAUCCUUCACUUUCCACCUCCAGCAACAAGGCCCAGGAACCAUAUUGCUGCCGCUUUUCAAGGCGGGGCAGGAAUGGCAACAAAAACAGAAGAAAGGAGAGAACGUCCCCCCGAUGAGAAUCGUUGCGCUGGGCCUCCUGCUGAAAGAGGUCGUGGCAAGAGUACAACUGAUGGUGGGAGAUCCCACGGCCGUGGAGAAUGCGAUGAAACAUCAGUGGCUAGACCAGCAGAAGCGCUUCGUGUAUCAGGAGUGGAACUCGGCCACCAAAAAGGUGGAGCCGUCGGCGACGGCCAAGAGCCUGAAGGUGGAAGAGGCGACGGAGCUCAUCAACCAUGUCGCCAAGCUGUGUCUUCCGGAUCUGGUCACCAGGUUCUGCGCCCAAAGGCGUCCCAAGCAAGAGCCCCAGGAAGGCGACAAAGCAGUGUUCCUCAUCGAAGUAGCCAUGAGAGACCCGAGAGCAGACAUCCUGCAUCAGAAACUGCGACAGUUGGCCAACUGCGCGGUUUGGAAUGUGGUGGGGGCGCAACUGCAGCCGCCAAACCAGCAACGCCACGGACUGGCAAUGGCACUGCAAAAGGCCCUGGAAAACAUCUGA